CGAGGCAACUGCUACCUGGCUAGCCGGAAACUCGGUCGGUCCUCCUCUCGAAUCCCGAAGUGUCGGGUUAACAUUGCUGGAAGAGUAGCUUGGGCUUUACCCGCCUUGUUAGAGGUGGACAUUGGGCCUGAAACUAAAGGUCUCUUCGAGUUGGUGAGGACUGGUGUCACUACUGAGGAUGGGCACGCCGAAUGGGAGGCGGCAGCCGGCCCCGCUUCUCAUGCCGCAACACCUGGUAUGGUGAAGUGCAUUUUUUUGCCCUGACACUUUUUUUAAAAUAUCCCAUUGGGCCAUGCACGUACGCCGCGGAGGGUGUCGGCAAUUUGAUUUCCAAAACGUCGAGCAUGUUCAACUUUUUGAUGUGUGUGCUGCGCUCUGCCGCGGAAUGUUUGGCUCCAACAUAGCUCGAAUGACAGACGGUGAUGCAGCAUUCGAACGGCAGAUGAUCAACGACGUAAAUGGAUUGGUGCAUGAAACGAUUUCGCAGAAUCGUCUAGCUACGGAACUUAAUGUUCCGGAGCUGAAUACUCCAGAAUUUGUGAAAAUGCAUGAACAUUUCCUGAAUGUCACAUCUGGGCGGGUGCGCCAGGCCAAGUUCAAGGCGGCUGGUGCCGUGCGUUCCUGUAACCAGGCGGAGAUGAACAAGUCCUUCGCCGACUUAGACAAGUUUUGUACGGCGUUCAAAACGUCUUGCAUUGGCUAUCGUAAUGCUUUGGCCGUGGCUCUUCCCAACGUGGGUCAGGGUAACGACCAUGACGACGACGACGACGGUCCGGGCCCCAGCUCGAAGCCAGUCCAGAAGCCAGUCCAGAAGCCUCUUAAGAGCCUUGACUACACGUGUAUGGAUACCAGCUUAGCAUCAACGACAAGCAACAAACGGCGGCGAGAGGAGGAGGACGACGAGGACGAGGAGGAGGAACCCCGCGCCCGCACCCCCACCCCUCCACCGCGGAAGCGGCGUCCGCGGCGUCGAGACGACCACGACGACCCUCCCCCGCCAGCUCCUACCCACGCCAAGAGGGUGUCUAGUACUACGUUUACACGGGGGAGCUAGCCUCGGUCAACUCGAGGGGUGGGGGAGUGGAGGGGAGACACCACUCAGCCAGGGCUAGCAGACGUCGUGUUCACGCGGUGCCGGUGGAGCGUUGUUGGGGUGACUUUCUAACCUCAAGAUAGCCUAAACAAUUUCGAAUUUAAGUCGAAAUCAGGUCGAAAUUUGCUUUACGCAAUCGACAAAGGAUAUUUUUAUUCAGAAACGAUCAGUUACAAGUGGUAAAAAACAAAUCAAUAAAAAUUACAUA